UUUUCUAUUGCUCAGCUGUGGUGUUAUCUCCCUUACGAGAAAAAAAAAAAGAAAAAAAAAAAUGUAUCCCACAGAAGGCCUGAGUGCCAUCCCAUGAUAAGGCGACUCCCCCUCCGCCGCCGCCGCCGCCCCGUUAAACCAUGCCUCCCGACGCCGCCGAAGAAGAUGAAAAGGGCUUCGUCCCAAGGAUAUCUCAGCUGGAUUCCAUUAUCCUGACGGAGGAGGCCUAUUCCCUCAUCAAGACCCAGGUGCUAUCGGCUGUGAAAUACGCCGGCCAGAAGGUCCUGACGAGGCUGGAACCCGAGAUCGAGGCCGGCCUUCGAUACGUCCUGCUUCGCUACACCGUCCAGGAGGCGAGGCGUUCGGUGGGCCAGCAGCUCUUACAGAUUAAAUACGAGGACUCGGUUUCCGUCAGGAGGUUGAGGCAUUAUGUCCAUCUGUUGGUGUUUGGGAGGUGGGUUAGGCAGAGAGCCGGAGAUGUGGCAGCGGUAUUUUCUAAGAAUGAGAACGCUAGAGUUAUGGCCAGCCGGUGCGUAAACCUGGUGGAAAUACUGUACAAAAUGGCAGAGGUGAUGAAUCUCCUAGUGUUUCUUCACCAGGGUGUAUAUCCUUCCAUCGUUGAGAGGGUGCUCGGGCUGAAACCGGUGUCUUCGAACAUUAGGAACGUGCGGACAAUAUCAUAUGUGUAUUUCACGCGAGAACUGCUGUGGCACGGAUUCGCGGAACUUCUGGCUUUUGUCCUGCCACUGAUUAACCUCCAGUAUUUUCACAACGUGGUCCGUAAAAUGUUACCAAGCGCUGUUGAUGAAGAUGAUGAUGAUAAUGAUGUACAACAGGAAGUAAAUUUUAAUCAGCAGACCACAUGUGUUGUAUGUAACAGCCCUCCCAUUCUACCCCACAAUUUUGGAUGUCAGCAUUUAGCCUGCUAUUACUGUAUUCAUUCCAGCUAUGCGUCAGAUCCUACAUUCGCUUGUCCUUUAUGUGAUCAUACAAUAGAGAGUAAAGUACAAAUUAUUCCCAUGUACACAGUAGAAAGUUGAUCCAGGCCUGUAUUAGUCAUGUAUUUUCUGAUAGGACUUAAUAUUUUUCAAUGUGUUUACUUUGCUAAUACUUGUAAAUAUAAAGUUCCUUAGAAAUGGCAAGGCAGGUAGGCAUUGAAAAACAGUAUUAUAAAUGUUAUAUUAAUUAAUAUUCUUUUACUUGAUGCAACUGGAAAUAUAAUGUAGGCUGCAACCAGUAUUUUUUUAUCAAAUAAUUUAUUUUUGUAUGCUUUUCUCUAUAUCAAGCUACUUUUAAUGUGGCAUUUAUUGCUAGUAAAAAACUAGAGAUUAAUGGCAUGCUGUGAUAAUUGAAUGGGAUUAGAUGGCCAUACAUUAGCAUAUUCCUCUCUAUCAUAUAUAUUAAACACUUUUUUUUACAAUAGUCUCUCAGUCAAGGAAAAAGUAAUUACAGAGAAAGUAUGUUUCACUAUAUUAUUCUCCUCAACAGUCAUCAUCAUCAAUUAUUUCUAAGGAAUAUUAUAUGGUACCAAACUAGAAAGUUUUGCUUUCAUUAAAAGUAUGCUGUUUAGUACUUCCUAGCCAUUCAUAGCCAGUAUCAACAAUAAACACCAAAUAGUCUAAUGUUUGUGAAUAUAAUUUUGUGCCAAAUGUAAAAUAAAAAUAA